AUGAAAUUAAAAGCCAAAGGUAAUGUGCUGUUUGACAAGGUAUCUCAGCAAUUAAACCUUGAAGAGAAGGAUUACUUUGGCGUUUAUUUCUUGGAUGCUGCAAACAACAAGAACUGGAUAUAUCCUUUGAAGUCGAUAAAACGCCAAUUGAAAGGAAAUGAACCAAACUUCUACUUUGGCGUAAAGUUUUACAGUAACAACCCAAGCCAGUUACAUGAGGAUAUAACAAGGUUGCCUUGCUCAUUUAACACUUACGCAUUGCUAGGUGCCUAUACAGUUCAAGCUGAGAUUGGUGAUUACGAUCCAGAAACUUGUAUUGGCAAUUACGUUAGUGAAUUCCAAGUUGCUCCAGAUGAUGUGCAGUCUGAAGAAUUGGAACAAAUAGUAAUGAAAUAUCACAAAGAAAUAGAAGGACAAACGCCCGCUGACGCUGAAGCUCAUUUCUUAGAAAAUUCUAAAAAAUUGGCACUUUAUGGUGUUGAAAAAUACUUUGCCUUUGACAACGAGGCUGUAAAGAUCGAAAUUGGCGUUUCUGCUAAUGGAUUAUACGUCUACCGUGAUCAACUGCGAAUCAACCGAUUUGCAUGGCCUCAAAUCUUGCAAAUCUUGUACAAGAAAAAGAAGUUCUACAUUAAAGUACGCCCUGCACAGAAUGAAAAUUAUGAAAAGAAGAUUGGAUUCCGCCUUGCAUCUGUUACCGAAGCUAAAAGACUGUGGAAAGUCUGUAUAGAAAAUCACGCCUUCUUUAGUGGUCGUACUCAACAUCAAGCUAAGAAUGCUAAUGAUAUCAACCGACCUCCACCUGAGUUUAACAGAACUUCUAGUAAAAGGUUGUCUUCACCACCACGCAUUGGAGGCGUUCCACCUAAGGAGGAAGAACCGGAAGAACCUGAAAACAGAGAAGAACAACCAGCUGAUGAGCAUGAAGCUGAAGAGCACUCUGAUAGAGAGGAGGCUGAAGAGAAACGUGACUCAGAUGCUAACGAAGACACUCCAAACGAAGAAGCACCAGCGGCAGAGGACGAAACUCCAGAAGACGACAAAAAAGAAGAAGAAGAAGAAGAACGUGAGGAACAGAACAAAGAGGAAGAAGCUGCGGCUCACGAAGAUGACGACGAAGGCCCACCUGACAUGUCAGUAACGACUGCCAGUGUCCAAGAGGAAGAUCAUGACCAUCAGGAAGAUUAAAAGUUAUAUUAUUGAAUAUAAAGAUCGUACGUUCUGGUUUGACCUGGUAUUCAUCGUUCUUGCCUAAUUAUCUUAAUUUUUAAUUAUCGUACUUUUAAAAAUGGCUAGAUAUUACAUUAUUGGUUUAUAUUGUAGCAGUGCGAAAACUCGUAAGGGAGUAUAUAGUACAGCCACGUAUAUUCAUGUAUUCAAAUGCUGCCUAGUACAUCGAUUUGACAUAUAUUUAGGAAUAGUUAAUGCUCUAUGAUGUAGUUAUAACUUGGAUUGCUAAGAGUAGUGACAAAAUAGGUGUAUAAUGAUUUGCUUGUGAUGUGUUUUAAGCAUCAGUAACUACGGUACCGUUUGUUCACAGUCGUAUUUUACACAGCAUGAAAAUGCCGAUAGUUGCUCAAGGCAAGUAUUUAUUUGUUUUUCCUCAUCUAGAUAAAUACUUUUGUUUCGGCAAUAAAGUACAUUAGCCUAAGGUUC